CAAAAACAGAAAAGGCCAAACUGAUCCAUACUUUGGAGAACAAGGGUAUAUAGUAGACAAACCUUCCAAGAUUGAAGAAUGUCAAGUCACAUGUCGGCUUUUGAAAAAUAGAGAAAAGCACAAGACGAUGUUUUAAAUCAUAUAAUACCAAGACUAUUCAACAAUUAGAACUCAAACGCUAUAAUGUGCUCACUUUCAUGCAUAAUAAUGACUAAGUGUUGACAUAUUAUUAAUAGAAUAGUUACCUGAUGCCAAAUAAUAUAUAUUACAUAUAGUCCAUAUAUAAUAAGCGAUAGAAUGGAGACUGAUCCGGUAUGUUAUAUAGGCUUAACCAAAGAUAAUACCAAAGAAUUGUCUAAUACUAUAAAAGAUGAUCAAAAUAUAAAUAUAUUAACUGGGUUUAUAAAACAAGAAGUGAAAGAAGAAUGUUACAUAACAAAUAUAAAAGUAGAAGACAACAUUCAUGAAUUUGAUAACAGUGGAAUCAUUGUUCAAAGCAAACAUGAUAGGGCUACUAUUUUUUGCCAAACUAAUUUAGAGAAAACCGAGUUUGAUGACGUAGUGCCUGGUAUUAAAAAUGAAAACCAGAGUGAGAACUCUUUUGGUUAUGAAACCCUGCCUUUGCCAAUCAAAAAUUUACAACUAUUACCUUCUGAAUUGAAAAAUAGCAGCAAAGCUUCAGUGGUAGAUACCAAUCCUAUGGAGAAACUUCCGUUGAAAUGCACAAACUGCAAAUACGGCACAACUGUUAAAAAGAAUUUGAUAUGUCACAUGAAAUAUUUUUGUAAAAUGAAGAAGGGAAAUCCAAUUGAAAAAUUACCAUUUAAGUGUAAUGACUGUUCAUACGCUACUUCUUCAAAGAAGAAUCUGGUAUCUCACAUGAAAAACCAUAUAGGACCUCCUCGAUACCAAUGUGUGUUAUGUGACUAUUCCGCAAAACAGAAGAAAAGCCUGACGAUGCACUUACUUUCGCAUGCCGGAGAAAAACCUCUGAAAUGUGAUGAUUGUAACUAUAGUACUGCGAACCGACAAAGUCUUCAUCAGCACAAGCUACUGCAUGAGGGUAAAAAGCCAUACGAAUGCAAAAUCUGCGGGUACAGUUCAAACUUUAACUCUGCAUUAAGAUCUCACAUGUUGAUACAUGACGAUUAUAAACCAUUUAAAUGCCGUUUGUGCGAUUAUCGGUGCAAGCAGAAGUGCAAAUUGAAACCUCACAUGUUGAUGCAUGCUGGUUAUAAACCUUUUAAGUGUGAAAUGUGUGAUUUUCGUGCUGCUACAAGACAGAAUCUAACCAAUCACAUGGCCUAUCACAGUGAUGACAGGCCUUUCCAUUGUAAUAUGUGUGACUACAGUGCAAAAACAAAGAAUGAACUGAUGAAACAUAUCAACAGACAUAACAAUAUCAGGAAAUUCAAAUGCCCUUUGUGCGACUACAGCGGCAUCCGAAAAUGUUACCUAACCAUCCACAUGACGACACACACUAAAGACAGGGAAAGACCCUUCCCAUGUCCCUAUUGUGAUUAUAGUGCGUACACCAGAUUUUUACUGAACCAGCACAUCUUGACACAUUCCGGAGACUCUCCUUUUAAAUGCUCCGAGUGUGAUUACACCUGCAAACAGAAAAGUAAUCUGAGAAUGCACAUGACUUUACAUUCCGGCGUUCGCCCUUUCAAGUGUUUGAAGUGCAACUUCAGUUCUGCUUCCAAGAAUGGACUAAAGCAUCACAUGAAUGUGCAUUCCAAUGUAAAACCGUUCCGAUGUUCUCAUCCGUUGUGCCACUUCAGCGCCAAGACCAAAUACGAAUUAGAAGCUCACUCGAAAAUUCACUUGAGGGAUAAGAAAUUCAUCUGCUCCACUUGUGGGUAUGGAACAGUGACAAAGCAGAAUCUAGUCAGACACAUAGUAAAGCAUUCGGAACAUCGGCCUUUUGAAUGUGAUAAAUGUCCGUACAAAGGAAAGAACGGAAUAAGUUUGAAAGUACACAUGUUGAUUCAUAAAUAUGAGAACCUAUUUAAAUGUGCUGAAUGUGGUCAUACAUCGCUCACCAAAGGUAGACUUGAGUCACAUAUGAUGACACAUCAUGCAGAGAUGCGUUUCAAAUGUUUGAACUGCUCUUAUGAAGCGAAACAGAAGAUCAGUUUGAAAUAUCACAUUAUGAUGCAUCACACAAAAGAGAGAUCUUUCAAAUGUGAGGAUUGUAAAUUCAGAACCAUCAACAAAGCCAGGCUGAGACGCCACAGAUUAAAACAUGAAUCAGGAGAUAAACCCCUGAAAUGUUCUCUCUGCAGUUUCUCAACUAGGAGAAAAGACUCACUUCAGUGUCAUCUGUCAAGACACAGAGGCUGGAAGAAUCCUAAGAUAAAAGAUGAAGUGUGAUUGACAGUUCUAGUCCAGUCAGUUUUAAGCUCAAAGAAAAUUAUUUAAUUAUUUGGGUAUUUUGACUUAUAUCAGCUUAAGACUCGAUCGUGUGCCAUAAGACUCCCUCAAUAAAUUCUAGCUUGAACGUUAAAAGAUUUGUGUUUGAAACUAGAAUUAUUUUAUUUCUAUAACAGUUCUCAAAGUUUUAUUUAACUCCUUCUAAAACCCACAUAAAAUUACUUUUUUUUACCAAGUUGUUCUGUGUUCUGUUUUUGUUUUUAAAAUUAUAAACACUGUUUUAACCUUUAUAUCAAGAACUUAAUACUUGCUUAGUUGUAUAAGAGGUUAUACAUUUUAGUUUCUGUAGGUACUGAUAGAUUUCUCAGAGAUUUAAAAUAUUUUAUUUUAACAAUUAGUUGAGAAAUUGUUAUGUUUUUGUUAGUAUAAUAAAAAAGGUUCCUUCAGUUUUUGCCAAAUGUCUUAUAGGACUGAGUAGUUUGUGGUUUUUAGUGGACUUGUUAUGUUUUUAUGUUAAUUAAUUAAUAAGGUUUUAAAUUACGUUAAGUAGUUAAAUUUUUGUUACUGAAAUACAUGUCUUCAAAUCAGCUUACUUCUAUCUUGUUUUAUCCAUGUAAGAACUUGUUAAACAUGGUUAUACUUUCUGUUAUGAGUUUGCAAUUCAAUUGCAUGCAAAGUGUGCUGAAAUACUGUUAACCAUGGUUUAAUCAAUAACAUUAAUUUGUUAGACUUCCUCUCGUUUGGUUACAGAAUUGAAUUGGUUUUUGUGCUUAUAGGCCUAAUACAUCUACAAUUUAUCAAAUUCAACCUAUUUAAAUUGUGAACAAUAGCCUAAUAAAAUUUAUGUAAAGAUUUUUAAUAAAUAUUUUAAUUAUUGGUAUGUUUGAAUGAAACUAAGUUUAACUCUAUGCAUAUUGCAAAUGUCAAGACAUUUUCUGUGAUAUGUCCCUUGCCAUAUCAUUAAGUUACCAGUAAACAAUUGCCAAAGGUUAAGUUAUGUAAAGAUUACAGAGUAUAAUUUGUUCUUUGUUUUGCUGCCAUCACAAUGUGAAGACUGAUUUGUAAAUAAAAUAUGUCAUGUA